AUCCCUUCACCAUGCCACUCGUGGUCAGUGGCUCUGAUCUCUUGCUCUGCCUCCUCCUCCUGCUCCUGCCCCCCCACAACUCUGAGAGGGACCGUCCUCCUCAGCGAAGGUUCGAGUACAAGUUCAGUUUCAAAGGACCAAGACUGGCAUUGCCUGGGGCUGGAAUACCUUUCUGGAGCCAUCACGGAGAUGCCAUCCCAGGCCUGGAGGAAGUGCGGCUGGCCCCGUCUCUGCGGGACCGGAGCGGCGCCGUGUGGAGCAGGGCACCUGUCCCCUUCUCUGCCUGGGAGGUGCAGGUGCAGAUGCGGGUGACAGGGCCGGGGCGCCGGGGUGCCCGGGGCAUGGUUGUAUGGUACACCCGGGACAGGGGCCAAGUAAACUUCGGCCUGGGAGGUCAGGCCUCAUGGGAUGGCGUAGGGAUCCUGUUCGACUCCUCAGCUGAGAAUACCCUGAACAGCCCUGCCAUCCGCGUGCUGGCCAGUGAUGGACACACCCUCGCCCAGUCACUCGGGGGCGGGGCCAGCCGGGCGCUGGGCUCCUGCCACCAGGACUUCCGGAACCGGCCGCACCCCUUCAGAGCGCGGAUCACCUACUGGGGGCAGAGACUGCUCGUGUCCUUGAGCAGCGGUCUGACUCCCAGUGACCCAGAGGAGCUCUGUGUCGACGUGGGGCCCCUACUUUUGGCCCCUGGAGGUUUCUUUGGAGUCUCAGCAGCCACCAGCACACUGGCAGAUGACCAUGACGUCUUGUCCUUCCUGACUUUCAGUCUGAGUGAGCCGGGCCCAGAGGCUUCGCCGCAGCCCUUGUUGGAAAAGGAGCAGCUCCGCCUGGCGAGCCGGCUGGAAGGGCUGCGGGCAAGGCUGGCCCUGGGCUCCGAGGAGGACACGAUUCCAAAGCUGCAUUCUGAAGCCCAGGAAGCGGGGGAAAGGGUCUUCCACCUGGAGGAGACCCUGGGCAGACACAGCCAGAUCCUGCAGACACUCCACGGCCUCUCCGAGCAGCUGGUGCAGGCUGUGGGGAAAUGGAAGCAGCAGUUGGGGGCCCCACACCAGAUCAGGCCUGGAGAAGCCUGGGACCCUGCCAAGGUCAGCACCCUGCUCCAUGGCCAGCGGACUCUGCUCCAGGACCUCCAGGAGAUGAGGGACGCAGCUGCCCACAUGGCCUCAAGAGCCCAUGUCUUCUACUUACCUGUGGGCACCAAGCACCAUUUCUUAGAGCUGGCCCAGAUCCUGAGCCACCUGCAGAAGGAACUUAGGGGCCCGGUGAAAGCAGCAGCCAAGGGCCCCCGCCCACCAGGCCGGCUCCCAGGGGCCUCCUCGUGCCUGCAGCCUGGCGUCUUCCUCUUCUUCCUGCUCCUCCAGACCGCAGGCUUGUUCUGCUACGUGCACCUCAGCAGGCAGGAUCCGGACAUGAGCCUUCGGGACUAUCUGGCCACAUGCCGCCUGCCUCUGAGUUCCACGCCACAGAUCACCAGAGCGCUGGGGGCUCUGAGGAGGCAGCCCUUCUCCUCCAGCUUGCGAGCGUGACACCCCCCCCCCCCCAGCAAAGCUCUGAAGGAACCCACUUCUCAUCACUGGGAAGUGAAUGGGGUCUGAGUGUAGGGGUGUGGCCAGUAUGCUUGUCCUCUAAGUGCCCAAUUCCUAGCCAAACCCAGCUUUUGGAGGGCUCCCAUCUUAUUAAAGGUGAUUUCUGGGCCUCCCUGGUGGCACAAGAGGUUAAGCACUGCACUAUGAAGAAAUGCAUUGCCUCUGCAGCACGAGUUCGAUCCCCUGGCCAGGGAGCAACCCACAUGGCGCAGCAGACCUCUCCUGUCUCCCCGCCACUCCCCUCAGCAGUGUAUUUCAGUCAGUCUGCCUGUUCUGUUCCCCGCUCUGACUCUGAUGGAUCCUCUCACCCCCUGCACCUCUGGCCUGUACCCCAGCUCUUGUAUGCAUAAAUAAAUAAAUCUU